UAGUAACACAACAAUACAACACACAAAAUACUAUAAAACAAAACAAAAACAAUUGUUAAGAAACAACUGCGUUCCCCACAAUCUAGUACCUGAAAAUCCACUGGCUCUCUCUCUCACACAUCAAAUAUAUACCCUUCUUUCUCAUACUUCUAACCCUCCACCAAAAUCUCAAUUUUCUUCUUAGAAAAUUCAUAGCAAAAAAAAAUGCGGAUGAGUUGUAACGGUUGUCGAGUACUAAGAAAAGGUUGCAGUGAAAAUUGUAGCAUAAGACCAUGUUUACAAUGGAUCAAAAACCCUGAAUCACAAGCUAAUGCCACUGUCUUUUUAGCUAAAUUCUAUGGUCGUGCUGGACUGAUGAACCUCGUCAACGCCGGCCCCGAACAUCUUCGCCCAGCAAUUUUUAGAUCAUUGUUGUACGAAGCAUGUGGUCGAAUAGUGAACCCAAUUUACGGUUCAGUUGGUUUGUUAUGGUCUGGGAGCUGGCAGCUAUGUCAAGCUGCUGUGGAAGCCGUUUUAAAAGGCGCGCCGAUUACGCCGAUUACUUCAGAAGCAGCUACUCAUGGAAGGGGUCCACCACUGAAGGCCUACGACAUACGCCACGUGUCGAAAGACGAGAACUCGGCUGCGUCGAUGGAGUUGACGCAGCAGCGAGUCAAGACUCGAUCUCGUAAGAGGUCGAGCUUGGCUAAGCCGAAGUUACAAGAGGAGGUGAAAAAUGGAAAUGAUGAUAGGAGAAUUGAAUUCGGUUCGGUUGAACCGGUUGAGCCGGUUCAAGAAGUUUUUGUGAACCGGGCUGCGAGUCAUGAGUCGUCGAUUAGUCAUCAGUCGGAGGCGGUGAAUGCUACGGCGGCCGUGGAUUUGGAGAGUAAAGAGAGUGAAAGUAUGGCUUCGGUUGAAACGGCGGAGACGUCAAUGAACUUGUUUAGAGAUGAACCGGAGUCGAACCGGAGUUUGAAGCGGACGGACCGAACCGGUGAGGAAAAUGUUGGGUUAGAGCUGACUCUUGGGUUGGAACCGGUUUCACGGGUUUAUCAUGUGGUUCCUGUUAAGAAAAGAAGGGUUGAGUUGAAGGAUUGUGGUGGCGGUUCGUGGAAUGUGGAGUUGGGGCUUCAGUAUCCGGUUUAGACCGGGUUUAAGUGGAUAUAAGAUCCGGUUCAGUUUUGACUCAAGCGGCUUUUCUCAUUUGUACAAGAGAUUAUUAUCGAACCGUUUCUUGUUUAGUUUUUGUUUUAUUUAGUAUUUUUUUUUUUUUUUGCAUUUUGGGUUAAUAAUUAUUUUCUAUUUAAAAGAAAAUGUGAAUGCGGUACUAUCUAAACUACAAAUAUAAGUAGUACUGUGUAGAUGAGAAAGUACAUUUGGAAAUUAAAAUCAUUUGAGUUACAAUGGUUUAUGAA